AUGAAAAACAUCUUUUUUCUCAAUGAAAAUAUCCAACAAGAAGUCGAUCAAUUAGUGGAUUCAUUUCGAAGUUCAUUUUGGAUUGAUGAACAUCAAUGGUUUGCUCGAUGUUUUGCACGCGAUAAAACUAUUCAUUUCUCUACUCUAUCUGACACAUUUUGUUACGAUGAAAGAAAGUUACCUGACUUCUGGAGAUCAACAUAUCCACAUGAUAAUCAACAAAAUCUUUAUGAUAACAUAACUACUAUCUAUGAUGAGACAUUUUUUGAUCAAUCAAUUCCGUUCGACAUGUCUUUUCCUAAUAUUCAUUCUCUUCAUAUCAAACUUCCUAUUCAUAACCAGUUUUGGUCUACUAUUUCAAAUUUCAAUCGGUUGUAUUCACUUACCGUCUCAUCCCAUAUUGAUACUUUUCAAUCUCAAUUGCAAACUUUACUAGAUCGAGCACCACGUCUUCGUUUUUUACAGAUCAAUCAAAAUGAAUCAUUAUCUCUGCAAAUAUCAAUAUUCCAAUAUACAAGUAAAUCAGUUCGUGUACUCGAUCUACGAAACUGUAAUUAUUCUUUCAAUGAGGAAGAAUGUAUGAAAUUGUGUCAUUCACCAUUAGGAAUUCAAUGUAAAAUACUUUCUAUCAAUGUGAAAAAUCGCGAAAGUAUUAAUAUUUUUGUCAAGUAUAUGACCAAUCUUCGAGCAUUGCAUAUCAAAUGUGAAGAUGAAAUGUUCAAUAAACGAUCAACAUCAGAAGAAAAUGCCAAUGAUGAAUUUUGUGACGAAAAUAUAGACAACAGCGAUGAACUUAUUCGUUGGUUAGAGGAUCAUUUACCAUCAACAUGUUUAGUUGGCAGAGAUCCACAUUCUCACAGUUUCAUUCGAAUAUGGUUCUAA